AUGCUAGAGCAGCAUGAAAUAUCCCCUGGGCAGUUCAAUCAUCGAACGGGAGCUCGAUUCGGAUCACAGUUGGCCAAGGUACCAUUCUUCCUCAACAAAGGGAAUUUUGUCAUCGAUUGUGCCAUUCCACCUUCUCUCAGGAGUUCUGUCGAGAGUGAUGAUGAUGAAUUCACACACACGCGAUACACGGCCAUCACCUGUGGGCCUGAUGAGUUUAUCGAUGAAGGGUUCACAUUAAGACAGGCACUUUUCGCAUCUCCGCGCCGUAUUAAGAUCAUGAUCAAUGUCUACAUGUAUAACGAGGACGACAUAAUUUUUGCCAAGACAAUGAUGAGCGUCUUCAACAACAUACAAUACCUCUGCAAGCAGUGGGGACCCCAAUCAUGGAAGAACGUCGUCGUUUGCAUUCUCAGCGCCGGAAGAUACAACAUCGACCCGCAAACAAAGGCCCUCUUGUCCUGUAUGGGUAUUUAUCAAGAAGGCAUAGCAAGGCGCCAAGUCAAUGGUAGAAAUGUAGUGGCUCACCUUUAUGAGCACACAACCCAGGUUGGCCUCCAUAUUUCUGGCAACAGGGUACACAUCACCCCGAAGCAAUCCAAGUUUCCGAUACAGAUACUAUUCUGCCUACAGGAAAGUAACAUGACUAUGAUACGUUCGGAAAAAUGGGUGUAUCGAGGGUUUGCUCGCGUGCUGGACCCAGUCAUGUGUGUGCCUAUCCAGUCUGAUACGAAACUUGGAAGCACUGCCAUACAUCAACUUUGGAAAGUUUUGGCCGCUGAACCCAUGUGUGCAGCAGCCUUUGGCAGAGUCAAACCAGACACGAGCUACUGGGAUAUGUUUAGCAUUAUUCCAUCAGCGUGCAAAUUUGAGCAGCAUCUUCAAAAUUGUCUUACCCUGCCAUUUGAAGCAUCUUUUGGCUUCGUUUCAAUGUCACCUGUCAAGCUCUGUGCCUUCAGAUACGAAGCUCUCCAAGACGACGAGACAGGGAAGAGUCCUCUGGACAGCUAUUUUGAAGCCAGCGAGCCCCCAGACACGAUAUUUGGCGGCACAUUAUCGGCAGCGCGCAAGAAGUUGGCCAGCUUGCGGUUGGUCUUCUUUGCACUGAUCACCAAACCAAACUCUCGAUGGCUCAUUCGAUAUGCCCCCUCGGCAAUGGCGAGGGAAUAUGGGACAGAUUCCGUCGGUGAACUCCUUUUCAUGCGUCGUAGACCAGUCAAUGCCUACUUUCUAGAUACAUUCCACACGAUUACACACUGUCACGAGAUAUUCGGCUCAAGUCAUUCUAUAGUCCGGAAGGUGGCCUUUAUGAUCCAACUCGCGUUGAAGUCUGCCGAGCUGUUGUUCGCAUGGUUUGCUUUGGGCAACGCAUUCAUAUAUUUCAAGGUAUUAACGACAAGCAUAGGGUCCCCUGGAUAUUGGGAAACCGGUGGAUAUGUAACAGGAUUGGUAUUGGAAUGGUUGUACGAUGUGUCUCUGAUUGCAGCAUUCGUAUCCUCAAUCAAUCGAGCAUUCAAAAUGCAUCUACAAAUUCCAAAAAUCCUGUUAUUAAUAUGGCUUGUCAUUACAGCCUAUACGUUUAUCUGUUAUUGCCUGAUACUCAACAAAACGAUAUGGAUGGAGCAGUCCGAUUCCUCAAGCGCAAGUCAAAUAUUUGGAGAUCCAGCAACCUCGCUUGGCAUUGCGAUUCUAAUCACAUACGUUCUCUGGGCUACCGCUUCGCUACUAGUCUCCGAUUUCUGGCCUGUCAUCACUUCGUCUAUACACUAUAUAAUCCUGAUUCCGUUCUACAUCAAUGUUUCCGAUGUGUUUGCAUUUUGCUAUACGUUCAACCUAAGGAACGUUGUAGCGGACGGCGAACCGGUUAUCGAGCUGCCAAAGGUUGAGACCCAGAAUGGGAAAGGCAGAAUGGAUGCAUUAAGCGAUGAGGGACUUGAAGCGCACUAUGAACAGCAGCUAAAUAUCAUGAGACAAAGAACUCUUCUAUUUACUGGGAAGAUGCCAUCGCCGCUGCAGAAGGCAGAGAGGCCGCAGAACGCCUCUCGAAUGUUUGAGGCUCUUCUUGUGAUUGCCUGGUCGACUACUAAUUCUAUGCUGGUAUUUCUUGUCUUGGGAAUAGUUGAUGUCAGAAAUCUACACUCAGAGGAAUUGCCAAAGGUUUUGAAGAGCAGGGGCAUGCACUAUAUCGCUGGUGUUAUGUGGGUGCUCGCUGGGUUAACUGGAGUUAAAGUGAUUGGUUGUGUAUUCAACAGGGUUAUGACUGUAUUAAGAGGUUAUAUGAGACGUCAUACAGACGAGUGGGAUAUAUAUGAGUCUUAG